CCUCCCCUCCUCCCCCCCCCACCCCUCUCUACGAUUGUUCAUCGUUGGUCUUUCCCGACCACACAGCUCCAUUGCAAGAUGUUCUCCCGUGCUGUUCGCCCGGCUGUUCGGGCUGGUAGCCUUGCGGUCUCCCGCACUGCGCCUUCCAACGCCGCCAACUUCGCGACUCUGCGUGAAAUCGAGGGCCGCCUGAAGUCCAUCAAGAACAUCGAGAAGAUCACCAACACCAUGAAGGUCAUCGCCUCGACCCGUCUGACCCGUGCCCAGAAGGCCAUGGAGGAUUCCCGCAGCUACGGUCAGACCUCCAACACCGUUUUCGAGAACGCCGAGACCAAGGCCCCCGAGGACAAGAAGACUUUGCUCGUCGUCGCCAGCUCUGACAAGGGUCUCUGCGGUGGUAUCCACUCUGGUCUCAGCAAGGCCACUCGCCGUAUCCUCCAGGAGCACCCUGAGGCCGACAUCGUCGUUCUCGGAGAGAAGGCCAAGGCUCAGCUGUCCCGUACCCACCCCAACGCCAUUGUCCUGAGCUUCGCCAAUGUCUGCAAGGACAUCCCCAACUUCAACGAUGCCCAGGCCAUUGCCGAUCAGAUCGCCCUGCUGCCCAACGAGUACGGCAGCAUCAAGAUCAUCUACAACAAGUUCCUCAACGCUCAGAGCUACGAGGCCGGCACCGUCGAGGCCUACUCUGAGGAGGCCAUCACCCAGUCCCCCAACCUCUCCGCUUUCGAGACCGACGAGGAGACUCUGGCCAACCUCCGUGAAUACGCCCUUGCCAACAACCUGUACUGGGCUCUGGCCGAGGGUCACGCUUGCGAGAUCUCUGCUCGUCGUAACGCCAUGGAGGCAAGUAUCACUUGGGGAUUUGGGCCUGAACCGGACUAACUUUCUUCGCAGAACGCCUCCAAGAACGCCGGUGAGAUGAUCAACAAGUUCCAGAUCUUGUACAACCGUCAGCGUCAAGCCGCCAUUACCGGUGAACUGGUUGAGAUUAUCACUGGUGCCACCGCCAGUGCGGACAUGUAAA